GAAACCUGGUGAUGAAGGACGAGACAUCAUUGGUGAAGUUUCCGGAUUUACAUUCGUAAAGCUUGAUCGAUCGCAUGUAGACGAAUUAGAAACUGUAAUAAGAAGAGGAAAUAAUUUGGAUACAGCGAUUAGGAAAGAGAGAUUUUCGCUUGGUAUAUUGGUGGGUGUUGAAGAAGAUAGAAUUUCAAGUGAUGCGAUAGAUAGGGCUAUAUCGUCAGAAUGUGAUAUUGGUGUAAUAACUUAUCAUAAUUUAUGUAAAGUUAUUGUUUGGCUAGUCGUUCAUCGAUUAACUGAACAUAUUCUAAUAUUAGAAAGCGAAAAUAGAUAA